AUGUCGGUGGCCUUCGUCCCGGACUGGCUGAGAGGCAAGGCGCAAGUCAAUCAGGAGACAAUCCAGCGGCUCCUGGAGGAGAAUGACCAGCUGAUCCGCUGUAUCGUGGAGUACCAGAACAAAGGCCGGGCGAACGAGUGCGUCCAGUACCAGCAUGUGCUACACAGAAAUCUCAUUUAUUUGGCUACCAUUGCAGAUGCCAACCCAACCAGCCCUUCGAAAGUGAUGGAAUAA